AGAUAUCAGUGUCGAUGGCAUUCGUUCCCAGCUAUUCUUAGGAGCUUCUCAGGAGCUCCAUACAGCCUACCCAGACAGCAAGGAACAGAGCAGAGGCCACCACUGUCAGCAGCAGCAUGUCUUACAGCGUGACCCUGACCGGGCCUGGGCCCUGGGGCUUUCGCCUACAGGGGGGCAAGGACUUCAACAUGCCGCUUACUAUCUCCCGGAUCACACCGGGCAGCAAGGCGGCGCAGUCCCAGCUCAGCCAGGGUGACCUUGUGGUAGCCAUUGACGGCGUCAACACGGACACCAUGACCCACCUAGAGGCCCAGAACAAGAUCAAGUCUGCCAGCUACAACCUGAGUCUCACACUGCAGAAGUCAAAGCGACCUGCUCCCAUCUCUAUGGCGACACCCCUAAUCCAGUCCCCUCUGCCAGUGAUCCCCCACCAGAAGGACCCUGCUCUGGACACAAACGGCAGCCUGGUGGCGCCCAGCCCCAACCCCGAGGCGAGGGCCAGCCCGGGCACCCCGGAGGUCAGGCAGACCUUUAGCUCCUCCUUCUCCCAGACCUCUGCCUUCUCACACAUGGAGGCCUCUGACCCUGGCCCUCCACAGGGCAGCCCCAGGGCCAAGACCAGCCCGAAGCGGGUCCCGGACUCACUCAGCUCAAAAGUGCCACUGGGCUCCAGCCAGCCAAGGCAGUAUAACAACCCCAUUGGCCUGUACUCAGCAGAGACCCUGAGAGAGAUGGCUCAGAUGUACCAGAUGAGCCUCCGAGGGAAGGCCUCAGGUGCUGGACUCCCAGGAGGGAGCCUUCCUGUUAAAGACCUUGCCGUAGACAGCGCCUCUCCUGUGUAUCAGGCUGUGAUUAAGAACCAGAACAAGCCAGAAGAUGAGGCUGAUGAAUGGGCCCGCCGCUCCUCCAACCUUCAGUCUCGCUCUUUCCGCAUCCUGGCCCAGAUGACAGGGACAGAAUACAUGCAAGACCCUGAUGAAGAAGCUUUGCGAAGGUCAAGCACCCCUAUUGAGCAUGCUCCAGUGUGCACCAGCCAGGCCACCGCCUUGCUGCUGCCUGCUUCUGCCCAGCUGCCUGCUUCUGCCCAGCCGCCCGCUGCUGCCUCUCCCAACACAGCCUCACCACCCCUGGCUGCAACCACUGCCCAUGCUACCACCGCCUCUGCCACAGCCCUUGCUUCAAGUCGUGCAGGAAGUCCAAGACCACAGGCCUCUGCUCACAGUACCACAAAGGCAACCUCUCCAGCACCUGCUGCACAUACAUACACCGAAGCCCCAGCUGCCCCUGCACCCAAGCCUCGGGUCGUCACCACUGCCAGCAUUCGGCCUUCUGUCUACCAGCCAGUGCCUGCAUCUACCUACAGCCCAUCUCCGGGGGCCAAUUAUAGUCCAACUCCCUACACCCCCUCCCCUGCCCCUGCCUAUACCCCCUCCCCUGCCCCUGCCUAUACCCCCUCCCCUGUCCCCACCUACUCCCCCUCCCCUGCCCCCACCUACUCCCCUUCUCCAGCACCAGCCUAUAUCCCAUCACCUGCCCCAAGCUAUAACCCUGCCUCAUCUGUGGCCUAUAGUGGGGGCCCUACUGAAUCUGCCAGCCACCCGCCUUGGAUGACAGAUGACAGCUUUUCUCAGAAGUUUGCCCCUGGCAAGAGCACCACCUCCUUCAGCAAGCAGACUCUCCCUGGAGGGACCCCUGCCUACAGCCAAGGUUCCCCAGUGUCCCCCCUUGCUAGAGGCACCUUCCAGAGGGCCGAGCGCUUCCCAGCCAGCAGCCGGACUCCGCUUUGUGGCCACUGCAACAAUGUCAUCCGGGGCCCCUUUCUGGUGGCUAUGGGGCGCUCCUGGCACCCAGAAGAGUUCAACUGUGCCUACUGCAAGUCCUGCCUGGCAGAUGUGUGCUUUGUGGAGGAGCAGAGCAAUGUUUACUGUGAGCGGUGUUAUGAGCAGUUCUUUGCCCCAACCUGUGCCAAGUGUAACACCAAAAUUAUGGGGGAAGUGAUGCAUGCCCUGAAACAGACAUGGCAUACUACUUGCUUCAUCUGUGCAGCCUGUAAGAAGCCCUUUGGGAACAGUCUCUUUCACAUGGAAGAUGGAGAGCCCUACUGUGAGAAAGACUAUGUCAAUUUGUUCAGCACCAAGUGUCAUGGCUGUGAUUUCCCUGUGGAGGCUGGUGACAAGUUUAUUGAAGCUCUGGGGCAUACCUGGCAUGACACCUGCUUCAUUUGUGCGGUCUGCCAUGUGAAUCUGGAGGGACAGCCAUUCUACUCCAAGAAGGACAAACCCCUGUGCAAGAAGCAUGCGCAUGCCAUCAAUGUGUAGGGAGGGUGGGGCACCUGAUGUGGACAGGCAGGAGCUGCUCCUGCCUCUGGCAACAAAGGAUUCAAGAAGGCUGAUGUUUCUUUUUGCAGGAAAGAGGGAAGACAGGAAGCAACUGAGCUUUUUUGAAGUGUAAUUUCAGUCCUUUCUUCUGUACACAGAUUGUGUAUUUGCAUAGUUCAGACUAGAAGCCAAAUGAAGAUUCCUAAACCAAGCUAGUAAUUAAUCCAAGACUAGAAUUGUACUUCAGACAUUUAGGACAGAAUUCCAAGAACUCAAAAGUGAAAAACAAAAAGUAACUUUCCGAAAGUGAUACACUUCCUGAGGUCAGCAGAGCAGGGACAGAGCUCAGGGCAGUUAGGGAGAAUCUGAAGCAUUCUGUGAAGUUCUUUAGAGCUGUUCUGGCAAACAAAAUAAAGUGCCAAACAGUCCAGGCUGCAGGGUAUUUUUAGAGCCAGAGCUGAGAGAUUGUUAGCUCAGAUCGAUGGGGCCUUCCUCACCAAAAAAGGAAGUGUUAUUCUAUUACUAGUGUUGUGGAGCUACCUCUGAGCAUCAGACAUCAGACCUUGAACAGAGUUGAACAUUCUAAAGGGAGCCCACACAUGCAGAGUGAUGUCUUCUGAGAGCCAAUGGACAACUGACCCAGCUUCUGGGGAGCCUCUGGCUCACACUGGUGACAACUCCCCUCUUUCAUACUGAAAUACCCAAUGUCCCAGAAGGCUUAGCUCCUUUUUUAAUUGCCACGGGAAUGUAAAAUUGGGUUUUUCCAGUUUUGCUUUGCUGUGUGUAAGAGAUUUCAAAAUGACUCUGACUUUUGUUUGGCCUUUGUUUUGCUUUAUGAGCAUAGAUGCCCCGUGAUGUAUUUUACUCCCAGUCCUCUGCUCACUUAUGAAGUCUUCCUCAGCACCCCUUGCCCAACAGGCUUAGUGACCUGUGGAAAAGAAGAGAGAGACAGUGUCUGACACAGGAUGCCAAAGUAGUCUGAGAACAUGCCCAAACUCUGGGUGGGAAAGAGGAACGUUACAUUCAGCCAACCUCAGUCAAAAUGCAUGAGUUGGCAGGACCUCCCACCUUAGAUCAGCACCAGUCUUCUCAUAUGUUCGUUUAAAUACAGCACACUGGUCAUGUACCAUUGUGUUGACUGCUGGAGGGAAAAGAUGGACUGAUACGUACUUGUUUGCCAUUUUGACCAAUAUUUUGAAAAUGUAUGAGCUGGGUUGAUGUAGCCAUUAUUUAAGUAUGUACUGAAAUAGACUUGGGUCUUCUAACUUUAAAAUAUUAGUGAUAGUAUGUGUUAAGUAAGCAUUUUGAAGGUGUUUGGGGGAUACAGAGAGAAGCUUUUGUUUCUGAGGCUGGAAAUGAUAUAUAGUCUCUUUCCCUUUUAGGAAACACUGUUAUUAUGCUCACUGAACAUGGCAUUGAAGUAAGCAGUUUGAGUGGAUGUUUCUCACUUGAGCAUAAUACUUAGAUACUAUUCCCACUCACUGCUACUCUCUUCUCACUCCUGUUUUGGAUGUUCUCUUUGAGCAUUUGAAAUCUUUUAUGAGAAUGUAUUAGAACACUUUUUCUUCUGAGAACUGAGCUUCCAGGGGACUGCCAUUCUACCUGAAUCUGUCCCUUUUCCCCAAUGGAGAGGGAAGCAGCUAGAUGUGUCCCUAGCAGGAAGUCUGUGUUUCUUUUCAAGGGUAAACCCACCAGAUGGCCCAGGGAGCACCAGCAGGGACAUAAAUGUGCUCCUGUCACAGGCCCUUAUUUAACUUGGUGCUGUGAGAAAGUGAAUAUAAAGCACCAGGCAGGGUAAAAUCUGUGGGAAGUGCCUGGAGAUUUUUCAGGAGUUGCACACAAGUACCUUGGAGCAUUCUGUUAUUUUUGGAAAGUUCAAAUACACAAGGACAAGAAGGUUGCUGACUAUACAGAAAGGCUCUAAGCAGGUUUUCUCAAAAAAAAAAAAAAAAAAAAAAGCCAAAAAACCAAAACUAUUAAAUUAUCAGGGACUGGUCAUGAGGAAAGGAAAAAAGUUCCCUAGAGUUAAGUUUCCAAAAAUAUCAUUUAAAAAGAGUUUCUACACACACUCUCUCUCUCUCUAAGUGUGAGCAUUAAAAAGUAUGUGAUUAUUAAAAAGAAAAGUGAAAUAUCUCACAGUAGAACUUUAUAGUCAUUUAUUGAAUCAGUUUUUCUACAUGUCAGAGCUAGUGUAGAUUCUGAAGGAUUCUAUUAUUUACUAAAACACAAAACAAAAAACAUUUUUUUAAAAGGUAGCAGGGAAAAGAGGUAGUUCUGAAUAUGUUCUCUCCAUGUUUGUAAGUUUGAUAUAGCAUCAGGGUUAAGGACGUUUCUAGUUCAAGUUAAAAUCAUGGAUAGCCUACACCAUCAAACACAAUUUUGAGUAGUUCAUGGUGGGGAGUGUACUUCGGAUCUAUAGUUCUUGUCUCCUUAUUGUUACAUUUAUUUAACCUUUAAAAACAUUAACUUUUUGCACCUGAGUGACUUGUAGUGUUUGUGUUAGGAAUCUAGCUUUUAUAAUGUUAAUUUUUCAACCCAUGUACUUUUCCUUUGGGAUUUUUUUUUAAUUUUAAGAUUUCAGAAGUGAAAUAUAGUGUGUUAGAGGUGUGCAAAAACAUUUUGCAUGUUUUUCUUUUUUUGCCCAUGUGAAUUUUACUUUUUAGCAAAAUAAAACCCGAAAAAGACUGCAAUUAUAGAGUUUACCAUGCAAAGUUUUUUCACGUGACACCAAAAGCAGGUUUUCUCUAUAUGGUCACCAAUAAAGUUCAAGUCAAAACACAAUGCCCUCUGCAGAAGAAACACAUACAACUCACUUGCUCUGUUGGCUGUGUGGCCUAAUGGCAGUUAUAUGUGAAUAAUACAACAUAUAAUGCAUACAAAGGGAUUUUCCAGGUAAAGAGUAAACUGAAGACCAGGCUUUGCCUUUUCUUUUUGGAAAGGUUUAUUUAUUUAACUACUUGGUGAUUAAAUAUUUCAUAUUUAUUUUUAUUCCACUCUAAAUGGCUUAAUUUCUGGAAAAGUUGCUGUAUUUUCUGCCAUAUCUUUAGUUUUGAAAUAGGCUCAGAGAAAAAUCCUUUCAUGGCAUUUAAAAACCAAUAAUGAAGACCCUUCUGAGGGUACUCUGCUUAACAAAACCAAUUCUUUUUCAAAGUAUUCUGUUUCCAGGCUUACUUGAAAAUAAAGGGAAAAUUUUGAUAAUUUGACUUUGAACAUCUGAAUCAGAUUUUGAAAGAGCUGUGCAGUUACAAGUAGAAAUAAAAUCUCAUUAUUUUAGUACAUUUUUAAAGCUAGAGCAAUUUUUUAAAUAGGUGAUGGAGGGAAAUGAGGCUCAUAGAGUCAUAAAUUUAAAUUUGGAAGGGAUCUAAGAGAUCAUCUGGACAUUUUCCAGAUGACGGAACUGAGGCCCAGUAUGGGGAGGUGGCUUUCCAGUAUACACAACCAGCUAUGGAGGCAGCUGGUGCAUUCGAAUAAACAAGGACUGGGACACGGCAAAUGAAGGUUUUUUUUUUAUCAAGGCUAAUCUAAUACUACCUAAGUGAUAACUGGGAGAGUCUCUCUAAGCCUGCCUAUUUACCUGAAAAUGAAGGUAAUAACACCUGGCUCACAGUGAUAUAUGGAGAACCAAAUGCAAUAACUUUUGGAAGAAAAUUGCAAUACAAAUGUUAGGUAUUAUUAUCACCAAUAGAGUGGGUCAGAACCCAAGGCCUUCACUCCUUUGUUUCAUUUUCUUAACUCCUCCAACUUCUCCAUCCAGAAAAAAUACAUUGGGAAAACCAGCAGCAAGAAUAAAUAUUACACAAAUAGCCCAGAAGUAUGAACCAUGUGGAUCAGAAUUUGAUAUAAUUACAGUAGUUCCCCCUUAUCUGGGGUGGGGGGUAUGUUCCAAGACCCCACAGUAGAUGCUAAUAUAUACUGAACCCUAUUUGUACUACGUUUUUUCCUAUGUAAACAUGUGAUAAAGUUUAAUUUAUAAAUUAGGCACAGUAAGAAAUUAACAGUAAUAAAAUGGAACAAUUAUAACAGUAUACUGUGAUAAAUGUUAUGUGAAUGCGGUCUCUCUCUCACAGUAUCUUAUACUGUACCUAUAGCAUGAAUAUGCUGGACAAAAGGAUAAUUCAUGGCUUAGGUGAGAAUUCCUCAUGCAACUCACACAAUUUAAAACUUAUGAAUUGUUUAUUUCUGGAAUUUUCCAUUUAAUAUUUCUAGACCACAGUUGACUGUAGGUAACUGAAACCAAGGACAGAGGAACUAUGAAUAAGAGGGCUACUGCAGCUUGUACCAAAAUUCUUAUCUCUUCACUGAGGACUGUGGACAGAAUAAAAAUUGCUUAUUCAUUUG